GCCGCAAUUAUUUAGUGCUUAUCUCUGGCGCGCACAAGAUGGUGCGUUUGUCACGCCGCCACGCGCGCGCAAGCACACACACACACACACACACACACACACACACACUUUUAUAAAUUCCAUUGAUGAGUGCGCGUGAUAGGACCCCGCUUCGGCCCCCCCCCCCCCCCCCCCCCCCCGUCCCUUCAUUACAGCAUUGAUUACCUUGCUCGUCUUAUCACACUGAGACACCGCACGCGGGCGCCGUAUUGUUUGCCAUGGGCCACGGAGAUUGCAUUGUUUGCACACGCACGCGCACACGGGACACACUCACUCAGUCAUUCUCACACGCACUCUACUCGCACUCAUUCAUGUUUGACAGGCAAAUGCGUUGUGCCCCCCCCCCCCGCCCCCAAAUGUCCAGCCAACACCCAGCACUGACAGUUGCGCUGUUACAACUCUUUAAACAACGGCUAUUUGAACACAAACGGGGGAACAACACAGGCAAUAUGACAAUAGACAUUGGCAUAUAUUCUUUAUCCUCCAUCACGACAAAUAAUUUUUGGAUCAUGCUCUCUCACGUUCGGCUGAAAUAAUGUCUCAUUAUUUAUAAAUGAUCAUGAUGAUGACAUAUUUUGAAAUUAUAAUUAGGCUGCAGUCACGUUCACUCACAAACUUCAUCACUCACGGACUCGCACCCGCACCCGCCGACCCUCCCGCUCCUGGGAGGGCCUCGAAGGAGUUUGCAGAGCGCGAUAAAACGAGGCGACGCGAGGUCGGGAAAAGGACGACUUUUGAUGUCAGAAGUUUUGUUUUGUCUGAGCGGAACGCGAGACGCCAGAAGAUGCCCCCACCCCGACGCCGCCACGCUCAGGUGGAAGCCUCGCCCAAACAUGGACGUCAGCCGAGGGUCAACGCAGCGACUCGUUUGAACUCGCGGGAGGGAGACCCGCACACGGAUGUCACUUUUCCCACACCUAACACACACACAUUUGGGAAAAUUCUCAAGGCUAACGUUACUGACGAUGCGACCAUCGUUUUGUCCAUCGGAAGGCUUGAUGAAUUCCCAAAUUUGCCGAUGAGACGAGACCGACGAAGAGAGUUGGAAAAAGGGAGACGAAAGGGACAGGAAGAAGUGUCGGGGGCGCCCGGCGAGCGAUUGCACGGUGGGAGAAAAGCCCGUUUGGGAAGCGGCGCCGCGGCCGCAAUCUCCCGAGUCCAUUCCGUUCACCAUCGCUUCUGGAAAAGUGGGACAAAUCCCGCCCCCGCGGCUGGGGAACAAGCGUGUUGCGCUGGCAUCGCCGCGCCCGAGUUCGCCUUCCAUUGUCCGCCUGGGAAUUGUUGUGCGCUUCCCACGCCGGCCAAUCAGAUGAGCCGCAGGACGCCGACACCGCGGGAACAACGAGAAGAAUCCCACUCGUCGCUGCGUGAUGUCCACCGUGAAGACUUUCAAGCGGAGCCAGACGGCGCCCACACUCGCUCGUCCUCACGUUAUCCUCACGCGGCAAUUAGGAUGGGCCCGCAUGCGGAGGCCAUCUUGUCAUUGUUGUCGCGCCCCCUCCUCCUCCUCCAUAUCAUCUUCAGACUUACACUCAAACUUCACUCACUUUUCUUUCUCCGACACUCACAUGUCGCGUCCGCCGAAGCGUAG